AACCGCUGCCCCCCGGCGAAGGUGUCAUGCAGAGGGGAAUGAGUUGAGCAGGAUAGUCACCACCAAGAUCUUCUUACAGCCAGCCUACGCAAUCAGUCAUGGAAGAGGAGUCUGCCGCACCAGCUCAGGAAGAGGAGGAAGGCAACGGCGAAGGCGAGGGCAUGGAGACCGAGGAGCAGGAAGACCUCGCCGAGCAGCAAGGCGAUGAAGAGCUGGCGGCUGCGGAGGAUGAAGAAAUGGGUGAAGGCGAAGAGGAAGAGCAGGAGUGGGACGAGGAGGAAUGGGGCGAAGAGGGCGAGGGAUGGGAGUGGCAAGUGGAGGGAGAGGGAGAGGAAGAGGAAGAGGUAGAGGAGGAGGAGGAGGAGGAAGAACAAGAGCCGGCGGCUGAAGAGGAGGCGCAACCCGAGGAGGCAGAUGAAGAUGAACCGAUGAAUCAGGGCGACGAACAGCAGCCAGACCAGCUACAAGGUGAGCGCGGCCAGCCUCUCGCUCGUCUCACUCACACAUGCGCCUUCUCCUCUUUUGUCGUGUGUGGUGUUUGCAGCCGCCGCACACGAGCCGCCGGCUGAACAACCCGGAGAUCAGCCCGCCGCUCAUCGCAUGGAGCCUGCCGGCCAGCCAUCUCCCUCGCUAUCCCCAACACCGUCACCAUCGCCUUCACCAUCACCCGAGGCCCCUCAAGCGCCACGCACUGAAGAGGAUGCCGACGCCGACCAAGUCGACCAGGCCAUGCACGAGCAGGACGAAAGCGGCCCAGCCCAGCCCGACCAGCAGCCACAGCCAGAAGAGGCCAAGGACGCCGAGGCGCCAGCAGCCGAGGCGCUAGCAGCCGAGGCUGGCGUGGAGGAGGAGGAAGAGGAGGACAAAUUGGCCGAGCAACCGCCAGACCACGCGGCACCUGCGGCGGGUGAGAUCGAGGCCCAUGCCGUGCCUGACGAGGGAGCAGGACAGCCACAGCCAGAAGAGACCGAAGAGGUCGAGGAGGCCGCUGCCGAUGCUGAGCAAGAGCAAGAGGGAGAGACUGAGAAGCAACAGGGAGAGGGAGAGGAGGAGAGGCCGGCAGAGUCGCCACCAGAGGCUGAGGGAGAGGCUGAGGCUGCCCCAGCGGGUGAGGCCGAGCCACCUGCUCAGAUUGGCGAGGAGGCUGAGCAGCCAGAGGUCCAGGAGGUCGAGAUGGAGGCCGCUGCAGAAGAUGUCGAGGUCACGGCCACAGAGGAGGCCGCAGGGGAGGGGGUCGGCGAAGGGGAGGGAGAGGGGGAGGGAGAAGGAGAGGGAGAUGGCCAGGCGUCGCAACAGGAGCCUAUCGAGACCGAGGGAGCUCAGCCGACCGAUGAGGAGGAGCCCUCUGUCCUUGCUCCCUCACCGGCCGCCGACCAAGACACAGCCGGCGAGAGAGGUCAGCCGACCGCCCAGGACGAGGCGACGACCGUCGCUCAAGAGCCCAGCGCACCCCCGCCCCCACCGCCCACCGACCAAGAAAUGGCCGCAGCGGAGCCGCCAGCUGAGGAAGCCAUCAUGGCCCGAGUUCGAGAGCUCGAAGCGGCUCUGCAGUCGAGCAGGCAGGAGCUGACUCAGACAUGCGAGACGUCCAGCAAGCAGGCAGAGGAGUACCAGCGUCAGAUCGCCACGCUCUCGGCAUCGGUGGCCGACCACGAGAAGCACACCGCGCAGCUGGACGAUCAACUGCGGGUGGAGAAGGACAAGUCGGCUGCGGCGGUUCAGCAGUGUGAUGCGCUCAGCAAGGACAAGACGGCCGCCGAGCAACGCGCCAGCGACCUCGCACGACAGCUAGAAGAGGCCAAGAAAGAGACGGAGAAUCUUCGCGCGGCCAUGGCGGCGUCGUCCACUGAGCUCUCUGACGAGCUUGGUGUCGAGAAGGAGAAGAACACCGCCGCGCAAGCGCAGAUCGAGGGCCUGCAGAAGGAGAGGGACGGGCUGUCGCAGCAGCUGGCCGAAGUCCAAGAGGAGCUCCAGACGCGGAUGGCCGAGGCGGAGCGGGGCUUCAUGGCCAUGAGUGAGGAGUCGACCAGGCUGGCAGACGAGCUGACCCGCCAGAAGGAAGCUACAGCCGCGGCGUCAGCCGACCACGACGCCCAGACAACCGCUCUCGCACAGGAGCUGCAAGCCGAGAGAGACAAGAGCGCCGCCGCCCUGCACCAGGUCGAGACGCUCGAGAAGGAGAGAACCGACCUGUUCGAGCAGCUUUCCACGGCUCUCGCUGACGGCAAGGCCACCGCCACCGAGCUGGCGACGAUCCGCCACCAACAUGAGAGACAAGAGAGGCACCUGCAGCGGCUGGAGGCCGAGAGCAGCCAGCGAUCGUCUCUCGAGGCCCGGCUGGCAACAGAGGUGGAGUCACGAAGGCGGGCCAUCGAGGCGCUCAGCGGGCUGCAGACAAAGCUCGACGAGCAGACGGCUGAGCUGAGCCGUUUGCGGAGGCUGGAGAGGGUGGUGGGUGAGCAGAAGCCGGCGCUUCUCAAGUCGCUUGAGGAGAUGGACAAGAUGCGCAAGACGGCCAUCGAAGAGAGGAAUGCGUGGCGACGACAAUACGCCGACAGCCAGGCGGUGAGUCAAUGAAGGAGGGAGGGAACCGAUACACAGCCCGACUCGGUGGCCUCCUGCUCUGUGUGUGUUGUCGUUAUCAGCGAUGUGAGUCGUUGGAGUCGAAGCUGCGUUCAGUGGAGAAGGAGCUCGAGGAGGCCAAGGUCACGGCAUCCAACGCGCCACAGCCACCCCCAGACCAGCAGGCGGCAGCAGCUGCAGCCGCCGCCGCCGCCGCCGCCCAGGCAGCAACACUCGAGGUGGACAAGGCGGUUGUGCGGGAGCAGCUGCUGGCCAAGGUCGACCAGGCCCUGGCUGAGAGGGAGUACGGCAAGAUGGACGUGGUGGAGGUCUUCCAGGCCCUGUCGGUGCUCUGCGAAGGCGAGGGCAAACCUGCCGUAAACAAUCUACUAGAACAGGGGGGCGACACGCGUGUUGGUUUGCCAUUCUCUCUCCUCUCUGUGUGUGUAUGUGUGUGAAUGUGGUGUGGUCAGUCUGCUUUGGACACGCUGAAUCUGCUCAAGGGCAUGCACCAGUCCUACGAGCUGGUCGGUCAGGAUCCCCCCCCACAUACACAGAGAGACAGAGAGAGAGAGAGGGAGCGAGAGAGGGAGGGACGGUAGAUACACACACCACACAUCCCUCCAUGUGUGUGCCACGGAUGCCGUCAGAUGCGCAAGUACUCCAAGCAAGCCGAGGAGGAGCAGGUGCGGCUGCUCGACCUCAACCGCCAGAUGGAGCGUCUCGAGGCCGACCGACACGCACUCGCCGAGUGGAAGAAGGCACACGAAGAAGUCGUGCAGAACUGGGUGAGGCCGCCUUGACAACAGCAGCAGCAAGGAGUUGCUGUGUGCUGUGUGGUAGUACCGUCUUGCUCGUAUGUGUGUGUGUGUGUGUGUGGUGUGCAGGAGGAAGAGCGGAAGAUGCUGGUGGAGCAUGCCGACGCCAAGAUCUUCGUGCAGGAGAAACUCUGCCGCUCCGAACAGCAGAACGAGUCCCUACGAAGACAGGUCAGUGUCUCAAUGACACACACACACAUCCAUCCAUCCAUCCAUCUCUCUCUCACUGGUCCUGUGUGCUGUGUGUGUCAGCUGAUAGCCCGUGACGCCACCAUCCUGAAGCAGCGUGCCGCUCUUGACACACGGGACGCCGUCCUGGGCGAAAAACUCACCACCAUGAUCAACAACGGUGGGUACCAAGAGGGGGGCCAUCUGUGAGUGAGUGGCGAGGCGACCAACUAUCUCGGUGUUUGUGUUUGUAUGUGUGUGUGUGUGUGUGUGGACACAGGCAUGGUGCCAAUGGAGGAGGUCGUGUCGAAGCUGAGUGCCGCCGAGCUCCAGGAGUACCGGCGCGACCCCAAGGCUGUCCUCAACGACAUACUCGACCAGAACAGGUGUGCAGGGUGCAGCCAGUGGGCGGCCGUGAAGGCGCUCUCUCUCUCUCUGUGUGUGUGUGUGUGUGUGCAGGACGUACCUAUGUGAGAUGGACGAGUGGGUGAGCGGCCGCAAGGAUGACCUCGUCGAGACGAAACUGCGGCUGCAGCAGCAGGAGGAGAGCCUCAAGGAAACCCAGUACCUGAGCUGAGCUAGACAGACUCACUCACUCAGCGCUACACACACAUGGACUGCCUGCCUGCCUGCCUGCUUGUUCCCUCUCUCUCUCAGGAAGAGCCUUCAGCUGCUGACUGCGGCCCACAGCGACACAAUGGCGCAGAAGACCGAAGCCGUCACCAAAAGGUGCGACCACUCGUCCACUCGUCCAUUCAGCCACCUCGGUUGUUGUCCGUGUGUCGUGCAGCAAGCAGCUGGAGUCUGAGCUGCAGCAGGUCAGGAAGGACUGCCACCAGUGGGAAGUCCGCUACCACAACGUCGAGCGCAUCAGCAAAGAGGCCGAAAAGAAGGUACGUGACAGUGACAGUGACACCACCACCACCACCACACGCCAUUGCACCUGUGUGUGUGUGUGUCUGUGUGUGUGGGUCACUGGUUCAGGUCAAGGCGUUGGAAGAGGACGUGCAGCGUCUGCAGAGCGAGCUGACUGGUGUGAGGGGCGAGCUCACCGAGGCCACCAAAAGACUGUCGGAGGACGACAUUCAGAGGGAGGCGGAGCGACUCAAGCAAGAAGUCGCCGCACUGGUGCGCACCCCUCCCCGCCACACACACACGUGCAACUGAAUGCGUGUGAGUGUGUGUGUGUUUAGGAGCGGCAGCUGCGCUUACGUGAGGAGCAGGGCAAGGCGUUCGAGCAGCUCAAGCAGGAGAAUCUGGACCUCAAGCUGCGCAUCAACUCGCACAGGGAGGCGCAGCUGGAGAGCCAGGUGCUGGAGCUCAAGCAGCUCGUGGCGAGAUACAAGGACCAGAACGAGGGGCUCCACGACAAACUCGCAAAGGUGCAGGUCGACAUCCUCAUACAGAAAACAGAGCUGACGCAGCUGCAGGUGCGCACAGACGGACAGACACACAGACAGACACCAUGGAUGGCAUUGCUCUCUCUCUCUCUCUCUCUGUGUGUGUGUGUGUGUGCGUGUGUGUGUGUGUUGUGUGUCGAUAGGACACACGAAAGCGUCAAGAGCUUGAGCUCGAGGCCGCCCAGAACGACGUCAAGCUGGCCCAGGCACAGAAGGACGAGCAGCUGCAGAAAACUGAGGAAAGGUAUACUUACACACACACACACACACACACUUGCAGAGGAGAGAGAGGGAGAGACCUGUGUGUGUGUGUGUAUGUGUCAGUUUCAAGCAGCGUCUAGGAGAGAUGGAGGCCGCCUUGGGUGAGGUGCAGAAGAAGGCCGACUCUCUGCAAGAGGAGCGCGCGCAGCUCACGGCCAACAUAGAGUCAGUGAUCGAGCUGUGAAAAAGACCACCACGCAGACACAGUCACUGUCCAUGUGUGUGUGUGUCUGUUUGCCUGCAGGGCGCUUGAGCAGGACAACAGCACCAGGGCGGCACGAGUGUCGCAGCUAGAGGAGGAGGUCAAGGCCCUCAACGAGAAGCUGGCCGAGCAGCAGGCCGCCGCGGCCACCGAGGAGCAGCAGCCUGCAGAGGCCCAGCCACAGACAGGUCAGUGACGUGACGACCCCCACUGCACAAGACACACAUCAUGAUGUGGUUGGUCUGCACAGACGCUGAGUUGCUAGAGGCCAACGAGCGACUGCAGAAGGAGGUGCAGGCCCUCACUGAGGAGAUGGGCAGCAAGACCAAGGAGCUCACCGAGCAGCUCGACGCCAGGCAGCAGGAGCUGGUCAAGCUGUCGGACGAGCUGCGCGAGGCGCGGAAGGAGAUCGAGACGCUCACCGAAAACCGGGCCAGACACGAACAGCAGCAAGAGCAGCUGGAGGAGGUGCAGCGAGAGCUCACCGACGCCAGACAGACCAUAAGCGACGACAAACAGACAUACGAGGUCACUCACACCACACCACACCACACCGCUCGAGUCAUCCGUCCACCCAAUCGUCCCUCUCUGUGUCCCUCUCAGGCGGAGAUCAAGCGUCUGUCCGGCCGCAUAACGGAGCUGGAGCAGGAGCGCGCCACCACCCUGGCAGCAGCGGAGGGCGAGGGCGACCACGCCCGGCAGCCCGUCGACUCGGCCGAGCUGCAGGAGUACAAGGAGUGUCUGGCGGCGGCCAGCACCCGGUGCGACCAACUCAACACCAAAGUGCAGAGCCUCACUACCGACAGGUAUGUGGGUGGGCAUCAAUGCUGCCCAGAGAGAGGUGGACGGACAGAUGACCUGGUGUGUGUUCUGAUUGUGUGUGUGUGUCAGGGACACCUGGCAGAAGAAGUACGAGGACCUACUCAUGGCCUGCAAGAUCAGGUAAGACAUACCCCCACCCCCCCCCACACACACGGUGGGCAGGCAGGGAGAGGGUCACCUGCGUUGCUUCAUCCAUCCAUCCAUCCAUCCCCCUUUGUCUGUGUCGAUUCAGUGGUGGCAUCAUCAGCGAGGAUGCCUCCCCAGCGGCAGCAGCAACCGCGGCAGCCGCAGCAGCAGCAGGUGGUAGUGCAGAGGGGCCCCUGACAAGCCGACCUGCCGCAUCGUCGUUCCUCCAGGUCGGUCACUCAGGCAUUGCGUGGCCUCAGUUGUGAUGUUUGUGUGUCCAGCAAUACCGGAGUGAGGAAGAGGCGGAUAGCCGCGCGACUGAGCUGGCGGAGGAGACCCGGCGGCAGAUAGAGUGGCUGGGGCGGUCGGAGGAGGCACAGCAACCACAGCAACAACAGCAAGAGCAGCCGCAGGUCACUAGUACUGAAUAUGGGAGGGAGGGAGGGAAUGACUGACUGCAGUGUGCCUGUUUGUGUCGUGUGUGGCGUAUGUGCAGGAGUGGUCUGGGGCGGCUGUGGACGAGCCAAUGGCAGAGGUACACAGCCUCCUACACACACACACACGCCCGCGCGCGAUAAGCGGCGGCACACUGAUGGAUCCUCCCGUCACGUCUUCUGUGUGGCCUUCGUCCAGGUGGCUGGAGGAGGCCAGUCAACCAAGCGCAAGCGGCCGCUUGGCGAGUCUGAGCCACCUGCUGCAGCAGCAGCUGCUGCUGCUGCAGCUGCCGUGGCCCCCAGCACUGAGGGCGGCGCUGCUGGCGGUGGUGGUGGGAAUGCGGCGGCUAGUGGCACUGGCAGUGUGGGCGAGGCCAAGGCGAAGGCCAAGACGAAGCGGCGAAAGGUCGAUGGGUAGACAGAGGCCGAUACAUAGUCUGUCUUUCGGUCGGUCUGUCUGUCUGCCUGUAGCCGGAUGGAUGGAUGGAUGGCGUGUCUGUCUGUCUGUCUGGACGUAGGUAGCCAGGUUGGUGCGA